AUGGCACGUCGUCUGGCGUGUGCGCUGCUUGGGGCAACUGCCCUUACAAUGAAGACGCAGACUGGCACCUUGCCUUCUUGCGAAGGGGAAGAGACUCCCCACCUGGACACCGGCUGUGACAACGGCAACGACCUGAAGGACUGCGAGACCCUCUACACCAAGGUUCAUGACAACUUCUUCCGACAGUGUAAGAAAACUGGAAAUAACUGCUUGGCCGGUGGACUUCGUUGUGAUCCAAAGCCGGCUUCUGUUUGGAAGCUUGCCUUGAACGUGAACCCCUCUGAUGGCAACAACUUUGGGUACGGAGGGCCUUGGGCUACUGAUGCUCUUGUAGGUUCUGCUGACGAAGCCCUCAGCAAGGACUUCAAGGACAACGUCGUCAUGAAGACCAAAGCAAAGUACCUGGCUAUUGCCAGGCAUGUGGACAAGAAGUGUGAGGCUGUCCGAGUUUGGGAGCUCGCGAAUCCCGACACAACCCUAUUGCAACGCUUUCAGGAUGCUGCGGGAAGAAAUACGGCCAGCACUGGCGGCCCUGUCUUCGAGUACAUGAAGCCCGGCAUGAGUGGCAGCGCCACAGAUCCGAUCUUUGCUACAAAAGGCAAGCUGAUGACCAAUUGGUGGUAUUCCAACAACGGUGCACGCAUCGCGCUUGAAGAUGGCUCUCACUACAAGGGUCUUCUGCCACAGGUGAGCCCUGAAAACCGGAACGAUGAUGACGUGCACGGUUUGGGAAACGAGUUCGGGGCAAACACCAAGGGGGGACAAGGUAGUCCCUCGUGGUGGCAUGACGCCGCACAAAAGAUGACAGGGGACUGCCACGGAGGAAAUUGCAAGAUGAUCGGCAAGGACCACGGUACAUCCUUGUCUGACGGCGACUACUAUGGCAACUACGCCGUCUACUUGACCUCAGACGACAAGGCUUUCCCCUGUGAAGGUGCAACCCUGGAUGUGACUAUGUGA